AUGGAGUCCAUGGGAAGCAUCUUUUUCAAUGUGUUUCUGCAGAAUUCUCUGUUGCAAACUACAGAAGCAAAUUAUCGUGGAAGGGAAACAUGUGUGAUGCACGAUCUUGUGCAUGAUCUUGCUUCUUCUGUUUUAUCUAAUAAUAAUGCAGAUGGAAACACUCGAUACAAGUUUCACAAAAGAGAAUUGAGUCGUAUUCCAGAUGAAGUGUCGAGGAAUUUGCGUACAUUACUCUUGGAAGGUGGAACUUCUGUUACCAUAUUCUCUAACUUCAAAUAUCUGCAUAAUCUAACUCUUUAUGGUCGUGAUUAUAAAGAGUUGCCCAUUUCAAUUAAGGAGUUGAUACAUUUGAGAAAUCUCAAUAUAUCCGAUACAUCAAUUGCAAACAUUCCGGAGUGGAUAGGUGAACUCCAUCACUUGCAAACAUUCAGAUCAGAAAUAUGGGAACUGAAGAAACUGCCAAAUACGAUGAAGUACUUGAUUAAUUUAAGGCAUCUUUGUCUAAAGUCGGAAACAAAGUUGCCUACAGAGAUUGGGAAAUUAACUUCUCUUCAAACACUUGAGCACUUUAAAGUGAGCGAAGAGAAGGGCUUCCAAAUUGAAGAGCUUGGAAGUUUAAAAAAUCACAAAGGAACGCUAGAGAUUAGACAUCUUGAAAGGGUGCGUGACAAGGAAGAGGCUAUGAAAGCAAAUAUGUUAGAGAAGUCAAACUUGUCUAAACUGGUGUUUAGUUGGGAUGACGAGAGAAGUAUCCGUGAAAGAAAUGAUGAGAGUGUAUUGGAAGGCCUCCAACCUCAUGCAAAUUUGAAAGUGUUGGAGAUUAGAAGAUAUCAAGGCAAAAGAUUUCCAGCAUGGUGUAAGAAGAUGGAAGUAUGGGAUGGGUUUCAAGGCUCUUGGGCAACAUUUGACAACUUGACUCAGAUAAUACUUCGGCAUUGCUCAGAAUGUGAGGAAAUCCCGAAGCUAGAGCACUUGCCUAAUCUGAAAUCUCUUUAUUUGGUAGGACUGAAGAAUGUGAGGUUCAUAGAUUCUUCAUUCAGUAAUUUCAGGACUCUCGUAAUAUCUGGAUUAGAAAUAAAAUGUCUGCCAAAACAGUUAUUCUAUAACAAUCAGAAUCUCUCAGAAUUAAGCAUUCUUGAGUGCCCUGUAUUGAGAGAAUUACCACAUGGCCUGGACACCCUUAUUUCUCUGAAGGAUUUUACUAUAAGAAAAUGUGAAAAUCUAAAGUCAAUUGGGAAUCCAAGAAAAUAUCAAGGAAUCCUGCGUAAGCUGGUUAUUGUACGGUGCACAGAGCUGAUGGAAAUUCCAUAUCAAAUUCUAGAGUCGUCCGCACCCACAAUCAAGACACUCGCAUUGGAAGGAUUAAGGAGGCUAAAGAAUCUACCAAUGCUAAUUGACUGCCUCGCUAAAUCAUCUCCUCGCCUCACACAAUUGACGAUCAAAGGUGUUCCUAAUUUUAUGGCUAGUGGUACUAUUGAGAGCUGGAGUUUUGGCAGAUUGAAGACAUUAGAGAUAGAUGUGAGUGUGGAGUGGACAAUGGAGACUAGUGCUCGCAUUAGAGAUACUGUGGAAGUUAGAAAAUAUUGGGGUAGAAGAAUUGCCCCGAUGGCUGGGGAACCUCUCGUCUCUAAGGGAGUUACGCCUAUAUCGUUGGAAAAGGUUGAGGUGUCUGCCCUCCGUGCGCCUCACUAA